UUUUGUGACAGCUUGUUUGAAUAUUCAGAUUGAAAACUAGCAUUUGCUGUUUUACUUAAAAUUCUGGGGGGGAAAAAAACUGUUUUAAGGUGAUUUUGUAUCCAAGAUUUGUUGAGUAAGUGCUGUAAUUGUACGUUAAAUAGCAUAGCAAUGUUGGAAAGCAUUUUACAUCCUAUACAUCUAAAAGAGUUAGCAAAGCAGUGGAUGCUGGAAGACGUUACAAAUUAUGAUUUUGGAGGAGGUGUUGUUGGAGACACUGAGUGUGAAUUCACUAUUUUUAUGAAAAGUCCUGGAGUUCUUGCUGGUAUUCCGUUUGCGAAUGCAGUAUUUUCUGAGCUUGGCUUGAAGGCAAACUGGAUUCACAAAGAAGGAGAGAAAAUUUUCCCAAUCACACCGGUUGUUAAAAUAUUCGGUUCUGCUAGAAAACUUUUGUUGGCAGAACGUAUAGUGUUAAAUGUUUUGAGCCGGGCUAGUGGUGUUGCUACUAUUGCUUCGAAUAUGAAGUCUCAGUUGGAAAGUGUAGGAUGGAAAGGUGCACUAGCUGGCACACGUAAAACUACGCCUGGCUUUAGAAUGGUUGAAAAAUAUGCUUUGCUAGUUGGCGGAGCAGACACGCAUCGUUAUGAUUUGUCCAGCAUGGUUAUGUUGAAAGACAAUCACGUGACAAUUUCUGGAUCAAUAGAAACGUUCCUAGCUCCUUUGGAGCUGGAUCCUGGCUUGAAGCAGAGAACCAGCAACCUUGCUACUGGAGGAGAUGAGGGUGCAGGUCUGCGACCCACUGAAACUGCAUUAGGGAGGGGGCAGGGAUACUCAUUUAUGCACAAAAAUGCAACGGGUGCAGGCAGAAGACUUACAGAGAUUGUUACAGAAGGGGAAAGCUCUGGACCAGUCAUUCCUAAGAAAGUAGAAACCAAACGUCAUCAACCGGAGGUUUGA